AUGGCUAAAUUUCCAGCAGGUCCUGAUUUGAGGAUUGUGAUGCUUGGAAAGACUGGUGUGGGUAAGAGUGCUGUUGGAAACACCAUCCUGGGAGACAGAUAUUUCAGAUCUUCUCCUUUAUCACGGUCGGUGACUGACGUCUGUCAGAAAGGUGUGACUCAGUGGGGUAACAGGGUAGUUAGUGUUGUAGACACACCAGGGAUCCUGGACACUGCAAAAUCAUUUGAGUUCAUCAAAAGAGAAAUUGUGAAAUGUGUUGAAGUCUCCUGUCCCGGUCCUCAUGUGUUCCUGUUGGUCAUCCAAGUGGGUCGAUUCACCAAAGAAGAGAAAAACUCAGUAGAAGCCCUGCAGGAGCUGUUUGGCCAGGCAGCAAAUCAGUACAUGAUCGUGCUGUUCACACGUGGUGGUGAUCUUGGUGACAUGACCAUACAGCAGUACGUACGUGAAGCUGAGGAAGGACUUCGCCGCAUCAUCCAAAGCUGUGGAAACAGGUUCCACAUCUUUGAAAACAACAGCAAAGACAGAACGCAGGUGGUGGAGCUGGUCACGAAGAUUGAUGACAUGGUGGCAGCAAAUGGGGGCACACACUACACAGAUGCCAUGUACAAGGAGGUGGAGGCUACAGGUAACAUGGGACUUAAGGCUGUUCAGUAUGAGUUCCUUGAGGCUCUACUGAAGCGUAUUAAAAAUUUUUUUCUCAUUCUUGACAGAGAUUAA